UUUUUGGGGGCUCGGAAGGAUCUGGCAGCCGUGCAGACGGGCAGGGAGAGAGGCAACUCUACCUGGGCCUUGGAGGUUGAAGCAGAGAUGGAGGUUGUAUCUGACGGAGGGACCGGUGCCGCGCUCCCAUCCCCGCGCUCCUUCAGCAACAACACUGAUUCAUCAGCACCUGUGCCAACAGCAGCGAGUCGAGUGACCCAGCUCCAGGCCGACCGGCUUCACCUGUACAUGGAGACCCCCAGCUGGGCAGGAAACACGUUGUGUAAGUCAGGAAGCAUUGCUGUCUUCGGGAACGUGGUGUACAGCGGACUGCUGAACGAUCACCUCUGGCAUUUGGGAGUGCCCCUCUUUACAAGACUGGGUAACCAAGAGGCCACCAACCCCCCAGAAGCGAUGGCCCAGCCGUACACCCCAGCCCAGUACCCGCCUCCCCCACAGAAUGGCAUUCCCGCAGAGUUUGCGGCACCUCACCCGCUCCCGACGCAGGAUUACACCGGGCAGAGCCGGGUGCCCGAGCACGCCAUGACCCUCUACACGCCCACACAGACGCACAGCGAGCCGGCCGGCACUGACAACAGCACGCCCGCCAUCACCGCCACCACGACCGCACCGACAGAUGAUGUGACGCAAACAGAGGGCUCUCAGCAGCUCCAGCUCCAGCACUCAGACUCUUCAGAGAAGCAGCAGCCCAAAAGGUUACAUGUCUCCAACAUUCCCUUCCGCUUCCGGGACCCUGACCUAAGGCAAAUGUUUGGGCAAUUUGGAAAGAUUUUAGAUGUGGAGAUUAUCUUUAAUGAGCGAGGAUCCAAGGGCUUUGGGUUUGUAACUUUUGAAACAAGCACAGAUGCUGAUCGUGCACGGGAGAAACUAAACGGUACAAUCGUAGAGGGACGCAAAAUAGAGGUGAACAACGCGACAGCACGAGUGAUGACAAACAAAAAAGUGGCCAACCCGUACACGAACGGCUGGAAGCUGAAUCCAGUGGUCGGAGCUGUCUACGGUCCUGAACUGUAUGCCGUAACAGGAUUUCCCUACCCUGCCACAGGCGCUACGGUGGCCUAUAGGGGUGCCCACUUGCGGGGACGGGGACGGGCUGUGUACAACACAUUCCGCACAGCUCCACCUCCACCACCAAUCCCAGCUUACGGAGCGGUGGUGUACCAAGAUGGCUUCUACGGUGCAGAGAUCUAUGGUGGCUAUGCAGCAUACAGAUUUGCCCAACCUACCACCACCGCUGCUUACAGUGACAGCUAUGGCAGAGUCUAUGCAACAGCAGACCCUUAUCACCACACGAUUGGCCCUGCAGCCACAUACAGUGUGGGGACCAUGGCUAGCCUAUACAGAGGAGGGUACAGUCGCUUCACUCCCUACUAAAAGAAAGAAAAAAGCGAGAAAAGACAGAGACAUUACCCACAACAAA